UUAGCCAGCUGCCCAACAGUUUAGUGUCUUGUUGAUGCCGUCGCUCUGGUCUUCGCUGCUGUCGGGCUGAAGAUAGUUAACUGAUCUGGUGUUGUUGACGUGUACGCUAGACCGCGGGGUUAACGGGAGAUGUCGACGUGUGGACCAGAGGCUAGUCUGCUGUCGUACUCGUAACGUGGCCGGGCCUCUUUAUUGUGUGUAUUGAAUGCCCGCGUGUGGCAACCGACCCGGCUCACCGCCUACAGAGGAGCUGAAGGCUGCCUGUCCCCCGCCCGCCCCUGCUGGGAGAAUGAUGUCUGUCACCAUGGAGACGAACCUGUCCACCACCCCUCUGCCCCUCCCUGUCCACUUCGCCCACGCCGAGCAGUCCUUCUCCCUAAAGAAAAGACGUCUCCCCUUCUCCUCGGACUGCAUCUCCUCCUCCCCUCAUUCCUCCCCCGUCUGCCUCUCCCGCACCCUGCCCCCCCGGCCCUCAGCCAAGGGCGGUUGUGGGUCUGUGAGCAGGGUGUUCACCCCGCGACCGUCCCUCUGGUCCCCCCUGUCCCGCUCCCUCAUUGAGACCCAGCACCCCGCCUCGCUGUACGACCCCGGCAAGCCGCAGUCCUUCUUCUCCCAGUGCUUCACCCACCUGGGCCUGCUCGGCCGCGGCUCGUUCGGGGAGGUUUACAAGGUGCUGAGUCACCGAGAUGGCCGGCAGUACGCGGUGAAGCGCUCAGUGCACCGCUUCCGGGGGGGUCGGGAACGCACGUGGAGCGUGGGGGAGGCGCGGAACCAUGAGCGCCUGGGACCACACCCCCACAUCCUGGCCUUCAUCGCCGCCUGGGAGGAGGGGGACCGCCUCCACAUCCAGACGGAGCUCUGCUGUACCAACCUGCAGCUGCAUGCAGAGAACCAGCCAGCUAACAUAGACGAGUCGACGGCCUGGGCCUACCUGUGUGACCUGCUGCUGGCCCUGCAGCACCUGCACUCGCAGGGCUUUGUUCACCUGGAUAUCAAGCCUGCUAACGUGUUCCUCACCAGGUCGGGACGCCUGAAGCUGGGGGACUUUGGCCUGAUGAUGGAGCUGCAGCCGGGAGGGGGGGGUCCAGUGAAUGGGCGGGGCAGGGAGGACGCGCAGGAGGGUGAUCCGAGGUACAUGGCCCCGGAACUGCUCAGGGGAGAAUACGGACCUGCUGCCGACGUCUUCAGUUUGGGGGUGUCCAUCUUGGAGCUGGUCUGUAACAUGGAGGUUCCUAAGGGAGGAGAGGGCUGGCAGCAGCUCCGGAAGGGCUGCCUUCCCACAGAGUUCACCAACGUCCUCUCCGAUGAGCUGCAGACGGUGCUGAAGAUGAUGCUCGCUUCGGAGCCCUUGGAGAGAGCGAGCGUCCCUCAGCUCCUGUCCCUCCCCUCUGUAAGGAGACGCCUGUGGAGGAGGCGUCUCUCCCUUCUCCUCCAGGAGACUGCACUCCGGGUGGCUUCCCUCUAUCAGUCGACCAUGUUGUUGAGCUGGAAGCUGUGGUUGUUCCUGAGGCUGCCCUGGCUCCCCAGCUGGAAGACCCCCGCCCCCUGCACCCCUCCAAGGGACAGCUGGGAGAAGGAGUUCGCCCUGCCCCUCACCUUAUGGAGCAGCAACGCUAGAGGAAGUCUCGAGGAUGACACCGUGUUCAUGCAGGAACCCCUAGAACAUUCCAUGGACCUCUCCCCCUCCUUCCCAGAGAGGGUCCGCUCCAGGCUGUCCAUGGGUAGCACCUCCACCCCCCUCCAAAGGUCACCUCUUCGCACCCCCAGCCCCAGCCCAUGCCUUGCCCCCUCUGCCGCCCCCUCCUCCCCCUCCACGCACUUACGCUUCGAGCACAGCAGGAGCGGCACGCCGCCCGUGUACCCCGACUUCCCCGGCAGCCACCGGUCGCGACGCGGUGGCUCCAGCCGGCGUCUACUGGAGGGCGAGGAGGAGGAGGGGACUCUGAGCUGGAACCUGAGCAUCGAACCAAAGAACCUCCUGAGGAUGUUUGAGGACACGGCGCGAGAGGACCUGCGCUGAGGCCAGGACCUGACCCGUGGUCUUGACGAACCGCUGCCAUGAUAAACCUGCUGCCACGACGAUGGACUGCUGCCACCACGACGACGACGAGUUGUCGUGACGACCAGCCAUAGCAACAACCCCCGCCGCCACAACGACGACUCGCUGCCAUGACAUUUUCGAAUUAAGAGUGAAUCUGUUUUAAGGGGAUUAUUAAGGGAUCAAAUGUAUAUAAGCUAAGAGCUUUUAAAGAAGCCGCUGUUGUAGAACAAUGCUGUUUACUUUGUUGUGCUGUUCAUCUUUGAAUUGUAUCAGAUGACGGAUUUAAUGUGAUUUUUGAUUAUUUGACCAAUUUAACUUCGAAGCAUGUCACUUUUCUGUGUGUUGUUCCAGUCUGCGGCUGCUACUGCAUGUUUGGGCUGAAUGUAUUCUAGAUGUUCACUGGUUUACCUCGCUGUUCACCGAGGAUAAAUAAACAUAAUCUAAUCAGCCA